AUGUGCCAGGUUGUUUUCUACACCUACGCUUGCUCCCAUGUGGAGUCUGUCACUUACCGCUGUUCCAAGUGUGUCUACCCCAAGGACAGCCACUGCUUUCUUCGCCAUAAGUCCCAGCACACAUUUCUUGAAGACCAGCUUUGCCACGACUGCACUGAGAGAACGCGCCAGAUUCGUCAGGACCAGCAGCCUCAGUCUCGCCCCCAGUCCCAGCUGCAGGUGCGCAACAGCCAGCAGGUGUCUUCUCAGACUCAGCAGCCUCAGGUGCGCCAGGAUUCGCAAUCCUCCUCUCCCAAUGGCAAAGGCAUUCGCCCUCUUGAGUCCAACAAGCUUGCCAACAUGGACUGCUACCUCGAGGGCACACUUGGUCUGACUCCCAGCGAUGUUUAUCGCUUUUACGCCCGACAACGUAAGUGA